CAGCACAUCCGUACGAAGAACACGUUCACCCCAAAUGAAAAACAUGCUUUAAAUCAUGUGGACAGAGAGAGUCGGCAUCACCUGUCAACCACAUAUUAUCUAAACCUGCGAUAUGAUGAGCGCCAUCCCCGGACCGCAACCGGCAGCGCCGGCAACAUUUCCGACGGUACGGCCGAUUCCCGGCGGCUACGGAUGGCCAUUGUUGGGGCCGAUGAAGGACCGGCUGGACUACUUCUGGUUCCAGGGCCCCAAGAAGUUCUUCCAGACGAGAAUCGAGAGGAACCGGAGCACCGUUUUCCGGACGAAUGUGCCGCCGAGCUUCCCCUUCUUCCUCGGCGUGAACCCGAACGUCAUCGCCGUGCUCGACGUCAAGUCCUUCUCUCACCUCUUCGAUCCGGAGGUGGCGGAGAAGGCGAAUGUGCUGGUCGGCGACUUCAUGCCCAGCGUUAGCUUCACCGGCGGGAUGCGCGUGUGCGCGUAUCUUGACACGUCAGAGCCCAAGCACGCGCAGAUCAAGAACUACACAUUAGACAUCUUGAAAAGAAGCUCAGCAACAUGGGUUCAAGCCCUGACAAGCCAGCUUGACGUAAUGUGGUCCGCCAUAGACUCCGACCUUUCAAAAUCCGGCGGCAGAUCCGCCUCCCUCCUACUUCCGCUCCAGAAGUUCCUCUUCAGCUUCUUCUCCCUCACCCUUCUCGGCGCCGACGUCUCCAAGUCACCGGAAAUCGCCCGCUCCGGCCACAUCAUCCUCGACAAGUGGCUCGGCCUCCAGCUUCUCCCCACCAUCAACGUCGGCUACCUCCAGCCCUUGGAAGAGAUCUUCCUCCACUCCUUCCCCUACCCUUUCUUCCUCGUCAAAAGAGACUACCAGAAAAUCGUCGAUUUCGUCGAGAAAGAGGCGGCCGAGGCCGUAAGGCGAGGCGUGGACGGCUUCGGGCUCACCCAGAAGGAAGCCGUCCACAACCUCGUCUUCGUCCUGGGGUUCAACGCCGUCGGGGGAUUCUCCAUCUUCUUGCCGGCGCUUCUCGGCGCGCUGGGGGACGAGAAGAACGCCGGCUACAUCCAAGGGAGGCUGAGGAAGGAAGUCCGGGAAGUAGCCGGGACCCACCCGGAGAAUCUAAGUUUCGAGAAGGUCAAGGAAAUGGGUCUGGUCCAGUCCUUCGUCUACGAGACGCUCCGGCUCAACCCGCCGGUCCCGACUCAGUUCGCCCGGGCGAGGAAGGACUUCCAACUGAGUUCGCACGAGUCGAGUUACGAGGUCAAGAAAGGUGAGCUUCUCUGCGGGUACCAGCCGUUGGUCAUGCGUGACCCGAAGGUUUUCUAUGACCCGGAGACUUUUGUGCUGGACCGGUUUGCGGGGGAAAAGGGGAAGGAAUUGCUGAAGUAUUUGUAUUGGUCGAACGGGCCGCAGACCGGGUCGCCCGGUCCAGCGGACAAGCAGUGUGCGGGUAAGGAGAUUGUGACUCUAACGGCGUCGUUGCUGGUUGCUUACAUUUUGCAGAGAUACGACUCUAUCACGGUGGCUUCUGCUUCCGUCAAAGCUGCUAAACGGGCCGUCACCUAAACUGUGUCACUUUGCAAAGUGGGUUUUCCCCUGUAUUCCUUGAGAAUAAAAAUAAAUAAAUUAAUAAGGCUGCUAUUCAAACUGAACUUGAUGUUGAAAAUAUGAAAUAAAUAAUGUGUGAUAUUGUCAUUCUCAAAACUACUACCCCCUCCGUUUCAGAGUAUUUGUCCACUUUUAUUUUUACACACCAUCCAAUGCACUUUUUUAAUCCAUUUUAUCUUGUAAUUUGUAUAUUAAAAAAUUAUAGAAAUUAUA